AUGACAGAUGAAGAGUUCCAAAGACCAAAACCAAAGGAACGCACAAAGAAGUAUUUUGUCCGGACACACCGCGACUCGUACUGGCACAUGCUAAGAAGCCGAUUCCGCCAGAAUAAAUUCGAUAAGAGCAAGGGACAGAGAUCAAAAUCACAACCAGAUAUGCUGGAGGAAAACUCCCAACCUCAUAGCCGUGGUGCUGAGGCAGCCAGUGUCUUGUUACUUGAAAACCGCACUGGUUCCAAUAGAGACGACGAGUUCUUCCUACAGCAGCAGAACAAUGCCCUGGAGCAAGCCCCAGAUGAAGAGUUCCCGGGAUUAGUAAACCAAAGCCAAGGUCAAGCUCGAUCGCCACCACACUCCCUGCCACAACCACAACCACAGGUUCAUCGCACACCUCCUGCGACCAGAGGCCAACAUGCACAUUCGACGGAAUUGAACGUGCACAUGCAACGCGGAGGGCAGACUGAACACGGGGAGAGACCGAGGGGGCAUGUCCAAAGCGUGUAUGUCCACGAUGAGGCUAUGGUUCAUGCUGCAGGUUCUGGACGCUCGAGAAGCACGCAGAGGGAGGCUCGGACUGAACAUCCGUGGUUUCCUAGGACUGGACAGUUUGAGAUGGAGAAGACGAGACGGAGGUGA